AUGGACCAUUUGCAAGCAGAUAUUGAUUCACUAGAAACAGAAAAAGGAGAAUUAAAAAAUAAACUUAAACAUUUCUCAAAAAAAAUUCUUAUUGAGGUGACCGGUACUGGAAAUGAUAGUAAUAAACCAUGCCAAGAAUGUCCAUUCUUACAUAACAAAUUAAAGUUAACCAAAAUGGCACUAAAACAUGAAAUAGAUCAAAGAGCCAAACUUGAAAAUAAUUAUUGUGAACAAAUAUUUUCUCAAUUAAAACCUUUGCCUGUAAGUUAA